AGUGCGGGCGACAUAAACUUUUCCUUUCUCGUUCGAUGGCUCUUACGGCACGUUACACGUCGCGUCAUUCUCGUGCUCAUAUGCAUCGCUUCCAUCACGAUGCCGUUCCUGUUGUUGAGAAUGAAGAGUAAAACGAGCGUAGAGGCCACCCGACAAUACUCUGUCCUGCAUGAAGAGGUGAAGGACAACAUCAUUAACGCAUACAGAAACGACGAUUACGAAGAAAGAAGCCGCUACAUGAGCUACGAACAAGGAGACAUAACAGAACGAGAACAAGUCCUAUCAGUUACAGGGCAGGGUCGAGUACUGAUAGUCAGCAAACACGUGGAAACCGGAUCGAAACUUCUCCAACAGAUGUCUAAAAUUUUAGACAUGCAAAAAAUUAACUACAAAAUAAUUGAUAGCAACAACGAAAAGAUCGAGAGCUAUUGGACACACCAGUCAUUAUCUGAUGCAUCAUACAGUGUCAUUGUAUUCGAUUCUAUUACAGCAUACGUAGGGCUCGGACGUAGUAGACUUCACUCUCUUCAUUACUACUGCAAGACGUUGACUGUGGGGUUACUCAUCGUUCCGGGAUCAAUAGUUGGCAAGGUGCCAACUCUGGGGCUCAUGACACAAGCAUCUGUGACGACAUCUCGUCUGUGGAUUAACGAUAAAUCAUCGUUAUUGAGACUCGUUAAGGGAGGACAAGUCUUACAGAGUACUAUAGAGACCGUUCUGUUGGUCAAGAGACGUCGCUUCCAUUUUGAUUCUCUGGUGACGGCUCAGAUAUCUCCGAAGGUCUGGAAGCCCGUCGUCAUUGAUGACAAGGCUAAUCAAGUGGGAGUAAGGAGAGUCGUGUUUGGAUUUGUGGAGUUUUCUCUGUGGCUUGUCAAGCUGCUUUUUCUUGACAUGUUGAGGUCAUUGUCGACACGUCCAUUGGGUCAUAUGAGUUUGGAUAGAAAGAUUCUUGUUGAUAUUGAUGACAUAUUUGUAGCAAAAUCGGGAACCAAGUUUACUAGGCAAGAUGUUGAGGUGAUGGUUUCCUUCCAAAACAACAUGCAAAAGAAAGUUCCCGGUUUUCACUUCAACUUGGGCUUCAGUGGAUGGUACUACCUGAAGUCGACUCUCUCUUCAGAACAAGACGGAGAUCGUGCCAUUAUCGAGAAGGGCAGCAACUUCUGGUGGUUCGGCCACAUUUACAAUCACUCCCAACCGCAUCUACACAACACGACGAACGAGCUCGUCUUAUUGAUGAAGGCAAACAAACAAUUUGCGAAGAUGCACUCGAUUCCGGUCAUACAAAACUACAGCGUCUCUCCGCACCAUUCGGGCGUCUAUCCUGUACACGAGCCGUUGUACAACGCAUGGAGGUCAGUGUGGGGCGUACGCGUGACGUCGACGGAGGAGUACCCUCAUUUGAGGCCCGCGUACAACCGUAUGGGAUUUAUCUACAAGGGAAUCAGCGUGCUGCCGCGACAGACGUGUGGACUCUUUACGCACACAUACACGGUUCAUGAUUAUCCGGGCGGAUUUCAACGGCUCGUUGAGAGCGCCGAGGGAGGCGACGUGUUCUUCACAAUAUUGAACAGUCCGGUGGCGAUAUUCAUGACUCAUUUGUCGAAUUACGGGAACGACCGAUUGGCACUUCGGUGGCUCAACAUGACCGUCACAUUCAUACAGAAAUGGACGAAUCUGAGGUUAUCAACGUCUCGACCCUUAGAAUUGGCAAAGCAUUAUUUCAGUCUUUUUCCUGAGGAGGCAACGACGCCGUUUUGGCAAAAUCCGUGUCAAGACAAACGGCAUGUUGAUAUCUGGCCGACGGGCAGGACUUGUCGACUGCCGUCUGUUGUAGUUGUUGGUCCGCAGAAGACGGGGACAACGGCGCUGUAUCAGUUUCUGAAUCUUCAUCCCGAUCUGUUGUCGAAUAGAUUGCAUCCAAGGAGUUACGAAGAGCUGCAGUUCUUUAGGAAUCCUAACUAUGCGAAAGGCUUGGACUGGUAUAUGAGCUUUUUUCCUGAUGCUCCACAGAGGAAACAUAGCAAUUCUACAGCACUUUUAUUUGAGAAGUCAGCAAAUUACUUUGACUAUCCGUUGGCACCAAAGCGGAUGUCUUACCUCUUGCCGAGGGCCAAGAUUGUUGUUAUUCUAGUAGAUCCCAUCCAAAGAGCAUAUUCAUGGUAUCAGCAUCAGCGUGCUCAUCACGAAGCAGCGUCAAAUCGAUACUCAUUCUAUAACAUCAUAACUCUGAAUUCAAGCUGUCCAGACAAAUCAGCGUGUACUCUUAAAAGUCGGUGCCUCAUUCCUGGACAUUAUGCAGAACACUUGAAAUUGUGGCUGACGUACUACAAAUCAUCACAGAUUUAUUUAGUUGACGGUGAUGAGCUAGUGAAACAGCCAAUGUCUGCAAUGGACAAACUGCAAAAGUUUCUUCACGUGCACAGAGUUGAUUACGAGAAGCUUCUAAGAUAUGAUGAACGCAAGGGAUUCUUUUGUGAGGCUCGAGGUUCCAGUCAGACGAAAUGUCUUGGUAAAGGAAAGGGUCGUUCGUACAAGCCGUUGGAUGAUCAUUCAAGGCAAUUUCUCAAGCAAUACUACAGACAACACAACAUUGAGAUGAAGGCUAUCAUGCUAGAGCAUGGCUGGACACUUCCUGUUUGGCUACAGAAUAUAGAAUGAAAAUAGUAGAAUUUUUUGUUUUUUAGAAAAUUGAUUUAUACAUUUAUGUACUUCUUUAGAAUAUAAUGCCCUAAUGUUCAGUAUUACAGUGUAAUUAAUAGUUGAAUAUACGGGUCUGUCUAUA